CAAAUUUAAUCGGCAGUGACAAGCGUGCGCCAUUGACUAGAUGCAAGGUAUAAAAGCCUUUGCUGAGGCACGCUUUCGACACACAUCCUGCGGCAUCGUCCAACCAAGCACAAUAUCCACACCUGAACGCGAUUCCUGCAGCAUCGAGUGUACUCGCAUACAACUCCAACGACAACCUACAACCAACAACUACAACAAUGAACAAAUGCAAACAAACACAGCUGAUGGUGGUGUCGCUGUCGCUGUUGCUUGUGCUGCUGUUGACGGUGACGGUGAACAACGUAAACGCUGCAGCAACCGUUCAAGUCUGUGGCUCGGCUCUGUCGGAUACACUUUUCCUUUACUGCAGGGGUCAAUUCUCUGGUCUACCAGUCCACAAACGAGGCUCACUGGAUCUCUUUGACUACGUCGAGCAGCAGCCCGGCAACGAGCUCGACCUGGACGACACCAUGACGCACCUCAGCCAUGGGCCAGCAGCCUCCUCGGUGCUGGCAACCAGACGAUUGCAUCGCGGCGUUGUCGAUGAGUGUUGCCGCAAGCCGUGCACCUAUGCCGAGAUGAGCAACUAUUGCCUGAACUAAGCGAAGUGCUGCGACCUCACAUGAUGCUGCUAUUGACAUGAUGCUUAAGACAUUUUAAUCCCUUGUUCACACACACAUACAAGUAUAUGUACUACUACUAACAACCAACCAACUACUAUUAAAGCAUACUUGAACAAUAAAUUGUUCUACAGA